ACGGUAGCACGUGGCAUUGAUAUAGCCGUUGGACUCUAUUGCCAGUAUUAAAUAACAACCUCACGAUACACUUUCACCAGACCCUUUUUUUUUGCCACACACAGAGGCCAAGCCGCACAGCGAAUCACCUGCAGGAGGGGACGUCGGAGGGGUAGGGACUUGGUAUACGUCCACAUAGAAACGUGGACUUGCUUUUUUGGAGAAGUCAGAAAGCGCUGGACUUGCGCUCAAGUUGGUAGCACAGAAAAUUUGUGGUUGUUUCUAUUUGUUUCGGCCUGUGUUUUUCGCCAACCAACGCCUUCUAAGGACUCUUAAUAGGAUUUUCACAGCCCUUGCAGUUUGGCAACGUUGCCUUGCUUUUAAUUCGACCAUGGCUCCUGCAGCAUCGCUACCAUUCGUACGCCAUCAUCAGAAGUCUUUUUAUCUGUCUGUAUCAGUGAACAAAAUAAGUUCGUUUACGUCCAAGAUUCUCCUCGCGUUGAUCCUCGUUCUCGUGGUGGACGAUAUUGCUACACUGAAAAUCAACAACAAAGCCAGAGGUGAAGCUGCGAGACCGCUUUACGGAAUCAUUUUGAACGCUCCGUAUCCGAAACAGAAUUAUUUAAAACCUCCACCUUAUCAACAGCCUUAUAAACCCUACCGGCCGGUUUACAGACCACCUGCCCCGUACGUUCAGCCUCAACAGCCUUAUUAUCCACCUCCGCCGUAUUAUCCAGUGGCUCCACCUACACCGGCUGUUCAUGUUCCAUAUCGACCACCAUCGGCUCCCUACACACAGCCAGUGACGCAAACGUAUCCGCAACCGGAACCUUAUCGUCCGCCAGUGACUCCGACAUAUCAGACGACAACAUCGGCUCCUUACCGUCCGCCUGUUAGACCGUCUGGGUCCCGUCCGGUGACCUUCCCAGUCCCGACGUCGUUCGAUAACAAACCGUGGGAACCUUUACUACCCACAUCAGCGGCGUACGUGCUCGAUCCGGCGUUCCAGUUGAACGAAAUUGAUGGCUAUCCGUGGACCCAGCAACUCCGCGAAGUGGACGAUCAUGAAGAGAGGCUUAAAGACAAACUGCCGGAAUUGCUGUUCCGGGAUAAGCUUCCGUCGAAAUCGUUGGCUCAGCAACACGCGUCUGAAAAUGAAAUCAAUUUUAUCCCUAAUCCGGAGUUAAGGAUUUAAAAUAGUAAUGAAAGAAUGAGGACUUUUGACGUUGAGAAUCGGGUUGAGUUAUGCAAAUAAGGAUGACGGAUCGGCGAACAAAGUCCGAUUGGUGAAUCAAAAGAGAAAGGAAAAGGCAAGAUUUAUUAGAUUUUUUUUUUUUUUCAUAAAUGAAUUGUCGACGAGAUUUAUAUAGUGUAAGUAUAUUAUAUAUCAAAAGAAAAAUUAGAUUAUAUAUUUUUUCCCGUCCUCCAGAUCUACUCUGAAAUAUUGUAAUAAUCGAUUUUUCAAGGUAUUCGCACAUUUCGAGUGCGAAACAUUUGAAACGGUCCAACUAACAACGAGCUAUAAAACUACAGAAAGCUGAUACUUCAUCGAAUGCUUUGUGUAUAUUUUCUUUUUUUGUAUCUCAACGUCAAACAUGUAUAAUAGCAAGCUUUUUUUUUUUUUUUUUUUUUUUUUGAAGAGAACCCUACCAACAAAAUGAAAGAAAGAAAAUUUACGUGGGUCUGGGGUGUGUUUGAUUUGUUUUUUUCUUUAUUUUUCGAUUGGGUUGUUGCACAUUGAACGUGUACGAAUGCCUCGCAUUGAUGUACUCCACAACGGGCUAUAUAACAAAAAGGACGUUCUAUUUUCUUUUAUGUAGAUUCGUCUGACACGGAACUAAAGUCCUGCAAUCCCAUUGUAAAAACAACCGGCUAGAUCAGGAGUUGACGAAUUGUGUUUCUAUCUUCCAAUGUCUUGUUCUUUUCAAUAAAAAAAAAAACAAUAAAAA